AUGAUUAUUGCCGGUGUGACCUCAGUAUUGGUCGGAGCACUCGUCACAAUAGUUGACACACUAUUUCCUAAUAAGUUUUCGACGAUUCUUGAGGUGGAUUACGACACCCCCUAUCGAUACUUCGUUGGCAACGACGCCCAUCUGAUCGGCGCACCCAUACCUAAUGGACACAACUGUCCGCACAACACACUCUCAAACACAAGCUCAGGAGCUACGGACUCGACGGCGUGUUGUGGUGGCCGAGCCGUCAACAGUCAAGGGACGGGUCGUGUGGUAACGAUAGUACAUAAGACGAAGAGUGAUGCGUCCACUUCGACGGCCGCCGACCGUAUGGGCGGUGCUGUCGAGACAAACGGCGGCCAAACAACAGUCACGACGACGGCUCACAUCGAGACCGACGACGGCUUCACAAACUCGGCGUUCGAGAGGGGAGAGGGAGAGGACGACGGAGACAGUGAUGUGAGCACAACAAUCAUUGACGGCAAGAGAGCCAUAUCUCUGCAUAAUUUUGGCAAAUAUGCGGCACAACAGCAACAGAGGGGACAGAAGACAAACUCCAUUACAUUAAGGCAUAAAAACUUUGACUUAUAUUAUUAAGCGAAUGAAGAAAUCAAUGUAUAAAUCAACUAAAGUUUGCCUAAAACUAUCCCAAAAAAAGUAUUGCUAAACAAAACUCUAAUGAAAAAAUGUGAUCAAAAAAUUAUUACAAAUGC